AAAAUAUUUUCGUGUGAUGAAAGACCAAAUAACCGAAUUAAUUAUAGGCUACAAUUCCACAGGAAAUUGAUUCCAAAAUGUACUGACGGUGCAUUGUUUUCAAAUCAAAUCAAAGCACAACGAAUCAUUUCAGUUAGCUGAGCAUGCAAUCGCUAUGUUGUUUUUUUAUUUAUUUUUUUAUUUUUUAUUUUUUUAUUUUUUCUAUUCACCGAAAGAACUGUCAGACUUGACAAGGAAAAUAUCUUGAGUUUAAAAGCAAAGUUCCCCCCACCCUCCUUCUCACGUCUUAAGCCUUCUUGGCCAAUCAUCUCUCUUCUCACAAACACUUUACCAGACUAUAAGAACUCCCCAACUUUUUCGUUUCAACCUAACUCAAAGUUGCUUGGAAUCCUGGAUACCUAGUUAUUUCCUCCAGAAUAAGAAACGUACGCUUGGAAUUGUAUUUCACCCUCAUGAGGGAAUAACGUCUUUAGGCUAUUCGCACGCGCUUUCAGCAGACUUGAGCGAGAUGCCCGAAGAGCCCGCGCGAGACUCCUCCAGCUCCCCCGUGUCUCCAGCGGACAGCCUCAGCAACAGCGACGGAGAGCCCGACAGGCCACCGAAGAGAAGCGGGAGAAAAAGACGGUCGAGCAAGAAAAACGGGGAGGAUUCCGACAGCUCGACCCUUGGGAAAAGGGGGAAAAAGUCUAGCAACAGCAGCAACAGCCCCCAGUCUUUUGAGGAGCUGCAGACACAGCGCGUGAUGGCGAACGUGCGCGAGCGACAGAGGACGCAGUCGCUCAACGAAGCGUUUGCGGCUUUGCGCAAAAUCAUCCCAACUUUACCAUCCGAUAAACUGAGCAAAAUACAGACGCUGAAACUCGCCGCCAGGUACAUCGAUUUUCUCUGUCAGGUUCUACAGAGUGACGAGCUGGACUCCAAGAUGGCAAGUUGUAGUUAUGUUGCUCACGAGCGCUUGAGCUACGCGUUCUCGGUUUGGAGGAUGGAGGGCGCUUGGUCCAUGUCUGCAUCUCACUAGUGUGCAGGGAGAUUUUUUUGUUUUUAUUUUCAGAUGGUGAAAGCCACGAACUUGGAAAACACGAGGACCAAUGCGCCGACACAGUGCUAAGAUUCCUUCAUAAUCUUGGGGAAAACGGCUAAUGUUCCAACAGAGGUCAUGGCUAUUAUCGAGAGAAGGCCACGGACAGCGAUUUGUUGCGCGUGCGCUGCAUAUGGACUUCCUCGCGAGUGUUAUUAUUGACGACGAAUGUUGGAAAUGUGUGCAUAUGCAUGUUUUUUUUUAUUUUUAGUUUUUUGAAGAUUGAGUUGUGCAUAGCUUUCUUGGAGAAAGUGAAAUUGCAUCACAAGGACUGUCGAUGAGAAGAUGGGGAAUUAAGCCUCUAGUUCGAAUCCUGUGCAAAAUACAAAGUUUUAGUACAAUUCUAUUUAUUUAUUGAUGACACACUUUUUGAAAUGAAGGCAAAUGUAUCCUGUGUCGAAAUGCAUUCUUAUUUUUUGUUACUUUUGUAAAUAAAUGUGUAUUUCUGCAAUAAAGAGGAAGAACUUUUAAGAAAUA